AUGGAGGGUCUCAAUGAUCAGACCAAACCAGGUGAUACGGUAUCAGUGACGUUCAAUAAUAAGAUGGUGAUCAAACCUGUAGUGGCAGUAGUUGAACCCAAUCAUCAACUUAGAUGGCGUGGCAAGCUAUGGUUCACUGGACUAUUCGAUGGAGAGCACUUCUUCCAAGCCGUCAACAACAAUGAUGGCUCCACCAAGUUUGUCCAUGGCGAGAACUUCUCUGGCAUCCUCGUGCCACUCCUCGGAUCGCUCAUCACCAAGACCGAAGGAGACUUCAACAAGAUGAACGAAGAGUUGAAGAAACGUGUAGAGGCACCCGCCGUCGACGUAGCUGCCGAGUAA